AUGGCUUCAAGGUCACGAGUAGAAGGAGAGUUGACGGAGAUGACACAAGGAGGGACAGUUGACAGCCAGAUAGAGUUGACUCUCAGAGGUAGUUACAAUGACAUUAUUCACUCUGCAGUCCUCGCGAUGGAAGAGGACAGGCUGAAGGAGAUGGAAGAGAAGGGACUGGAGGAGAUGGAAGAGAAGGAACUAGACGAGAUGGAAGAGAAGGGUGAGAGUGACUUAGAAAUCGACAGUGAAAUUGAGAGUGACUUAGAAAUCGACAAUGAAAGUGAGAGUGACUUAGAAAUCGACGGUGGAAGUGAGAGUGACUUAGAAAUCGACAGUGAAAGUGAGAGUGACUUAGAAAUCGACAGUGAAAGUGAGAGUGACUUAGAAAUCGACGGUGGAAGUGAGAGUGACUUAGAAAUCGACAGUGAAAGUGAGAGUGACUUAGAAAUCGACGGUGGAAGUGAGAUUGACUUAGAAAUCGACAGUGAAAGUGAGAGUGACUUAGAAAUCGACAGUGAAAGUGAGAGUAACUUAGAAAUAUACGGUGGAAGUGAGAGUGACUUAGAAAUAUACGGUGAAAGUGAGAGUGACUUAGAAAUCAACGGUGAAAGUGAGAGUGACUUAGAAAUAUACGGUGAAAGUGAGAGUGACUUAGAAAUCAACGGUGAAAGUGAGAGUAUAAUAUAG